AUUUACAUAAAGUUUAGAGUCCCCGCAGACCAUAAACUUUUUAUCGGCCGAUAGUUUGAUCGGAUUUGGCUACUAGCGCGCACACCGAGCCAACUAAACAGUCGGUCGGUUAAAACGGUUGGUGAUGAGUGCGCAUACCAAACAACAGUCGGUCGACUGAUCUUGAAUGAUUUGCUAGUUGUUAAGUGACUUUUGAAGAAAGCGGUUGCAUAAUGAAAGUUAGAAAAUUAUCCAGAAAUGUUAUUAUUGCUUUUAUACUACGGAGAAGAAGGAUCAAGAAGAGAAACCGAGAGUAUUGGGUGCAUCCCAUUCACAGUGACAGAUUACUAAAUGCCUUCUAUCGAAUGAGCAUAAGCAGCUUCAAUGAACUCGUCAAAUUAAUUGGACCAGCAAUAGCGAAGGAGGAUACAAAUUUAAGACUUUCAAUACCUGCUGAAGGGAGAUUGAGCGUUACAAUACGAUAUUUGGCUACCGGAGUUAGUUUCAAUACUUUGUCAUUUGAUUAUCUAAUGGGUGCUUCUACAAUACGAGAUAUUACUAAAACUACAUGUGAGCAAAUAUGGAACAUACUUCAACCGUUGUUUAUGGCAAUCAAACAAGAAGAUGAUUGGAUUAAAAUUUCAGACGAAUUUUAUAGUCGCACAAAUUUUCCAAACAUCAUUGGAGCGAUAGAUGGCAAGCAUAUACGGAUGAUACAACCAGAACAUUCCGGAUCAUCAUAUUUUAACUACAAAAAGUUCUUCUCUUGCGUCUUAAUGGCUUGGACAGAUGCAGAUUAUAAAUUUGUGUAUAUAGAUGUUGGUUCUUAUGGGACAGCUAGUGAUUCAGAAAUAUUUAAAACAUCUGAAAUGGGUAAACGGCUUUCCGAAAACCGAUUAAACAUUCCCUCUGGAAGGCAUUUGCCCAAUGAUGAUGACGGAAAUGUUAUUCCAUUCUCUGUCGUAGGCGAUGAAGCGUUUGGACUUGACAAUCACAUAUUACGCCCUUAUGCAAAAAGAAAUUUAAACUACACCAAGCGAAUUUUCAACUAUAGACAUACAAGAGCUCGACGCAUGGUUGAAUGUACUUUCGGCAUUCUCGCUAACAAAUGGCGUAUUUUUCACCGCCCAAUUGACGUGAAUAUCAAUUUUUGUGUUCGAAUAAUCAAAGCUUGCUGUGUCCUUCAUAAUUAUGUACGAAUCAAAGAUGGUGUAAAAUUCACCGAUACACUCUACAGUUGUCCUAUGAAUAACUUAACGAUAAAUAAAAACAAUCGAGGAAGAAAUAAUAUGAAUGAGGUGCGGCAGUAUAUGUCGUCAUACUUUAUUUCUCCUGGAGGUGCAAUUCCUUGUCAAUAUAACAAAGUGUAAUAUUGAUUUAGUUAAACUCUAACAGCUCCAAACUUCUUGCCCAGGCUGAACGCAGGCGCGAUCCGAUGCAGAAUGCAUAAUUACGUGCCCAACUAUGUAAAAUUACAUGUGCAAAAUGGGGGUUGCGCUCACUUCGGCCGGCCAAAAAUAUUGGAGAAAUAUAACAUCACAUCAAACUUAUAUUAUAAAGGCGAAAGUUUGUAUGUAUGUGUCUGUGUGUUUGUUACUCUUUCACGCAAAAACUACUGAACGGAUUUGGCUGGGAAUAGUAUCUCAUACCCACGAUUAAAGCAACGACAAAGGCUACAUUUUAUACCAAAAAAUUAAAGGGUUCCCGCGGGAAUUGAAAAACCUAAAUCCAAGCGGACGAAUUCGCGAGCAAUAUCUAGUAUACCAUAAAGUUAAUAAUAUACCUACGGAAUAGGGGAACAAAAAUAUAAACUCUCAAACGAAAUAUAAACAGUGGCGGAUUUAUGUUUGAUUUCACCGAUGUCUGUCCGAUUGUCACCUUUACAAUAUUGUAGUGUAUUAUGUACAUGACGUACAUGAAUAAAAAUAUACUUACA